UCGUGUUUAUGACGCGUCAGCUGAGCGCGCGCGUCACGCAGCGCCGUGACUCGAGCGGAAAAGGCGCUUUGAGGAGCAGAGUUUGUGUUUGUGAGUUUGUGUUUGGUUUGGAUGGAGACGGAACGGUUGUUGGCCGCGGGGGCAGUGAACGCGGAGCCCGGAGACUACGGCUCCUGGUCGGACUCGGAGCGCGGAGGGAGCCGGGGCAGGAGCCGGGGCGGGAGCCGGCGGCUCUCGUAUUCUGCCGCCGCGGACUCGUGCAGCUUUGAGGGCAGCUCAGGAGAGGACCUGUACGUGCAGCAGGCCGUCGUGUUCAUUGAAGACGCCGUCCAGUAUCGGUCCAUAAACCAUCGCGUGGACGUCGGCUCGCUGCGUCUGUACAGAUGUUACUACUCCACGAUCUGCCAGUGGGGUCUCGGCCUGACGAUCGGUGUGGUCUUGUUGUUGGCGUUUGUGGAGCGUCCCUCGUCCCUCUCGCUGUCCUCAGACCCGCGGCACCGCCUCGCGCCCUGGGACCCCCCUUGUGGUUUGACCGAGGGCAUCGAGAUGGUCUGUCUGCUGAUCUUCAGCCUGGACCUCGCCACCAAGAGUUACCUGAUUGGCUGGGACGAGUUCAGGAAGAGCAAAUGGCUGCUCGGUUACACUGUGGUCAUCACCGUGUCCAUGAUCGACUGGGUCCUGUCCGUGAGCAUGGUCUGUGACGAGAGGCUCAGAGUCCGGCGUCUCUUUCGUCCGUUUUUCCUUCUGCAAAACUCGUCUCUGAUGAAGAAAACUCUCAAAUGUAUCAAACGGACACUGCCGGAAAUCGCCAGUGUGAUUCUGCUGCUGGCUCUCCACCUCUGUCUCUUCACUAUGUUGGGGAUGCUGCUGUUCGUCAAAACUGAGGAUCCGUCCAAAAACAGAGAGUGGGAGUCUCACUUCAGAGGACUCCCAAACUCUCUGACGUCUUUACUGGUUCUACUGACGACCGCCAACAACCCCGAUGUCAUGAUCCCGGCGUACUCUAUGAACAGAGCAUACUUCAUCUUCUUCAUGCUCUUCAGCGUCAUCGGGACGUACUGUCUGAUGAAUCUUCUGACCGCCAUCAUCUAUAACCAGUUCAGAGGAUAUUUACUGAUGUCUGUUCAGACGUCCAUCAUCAGGAGGAGGCUCGGGAUCAGAGCGGCCUUUGAGGUUCUGAACUGCAGACGAGAGCAGCCCAACGGAGAUGAACCUUCCUGUGUUCAAGCGGCUGCAGUGCUCAGAGUGAUGUCUAAAGUCAAACUGACGGAAUACUACAAACACAACAUCAUAAAGGAGGCUCGACGUCAUGAAUUCUUAGACCGAGAACAGUUCACGAGGAUUUUUGAUGAACUGGACAAAGACCAAAUCAAAGAGCAUCCUCCGUUGCCUGAGUACCACUCCCCCGUGUUCCAGACGCUACAGCGAGCGUUUAGCCACUACGCGCUCACUGUCAUUGGAAACGCAGUGGCUCUGGCCAACGUCAUCUGCAUCUGUACUAUUUUGGUGCUAAACUCUGAGAAAUCCACAACUGAGAGAGAUAACUUCUACAUGGAGAUCAUCAACCUGCUCUUCAUCCUGUAUUAUCUGUGUGAAAUGAGCGCCAAACUCUUCGCCUUUGGAUGGAAAGGAUAUUUCUCCUACAGAAAUAAUGUGUUUGACGGACUCCUCACCGUCCUGCUGCUGUGUUUGCAGAUCUCCAUGUUUGUGUUCUACAAGGCUCCAUUUUCCCGCUGGGAUCCAGAGAGGCACGAUGUCAUCUCUCUUUGGGAGUUGGUCAGAAUGAUCAAUAUGCUCAUCGUCUUUCGCCUCUUAAGGAUCAUCCCAGAUAUAAAACUCAUGGCCCUGGUCGCCAGCACGCUCAUGGAUCUGGUCAAAAACCUCAGAGCGUUUGCAGGGAUUCUGGUGGUGGUGUACUACGUUUUCGCUGUGAUUGGGAUCUGGCUCUUUGAAGGAGCCAUCAAACCUCCUCCGCACCCUGAAAUUCUUUCUAACUCAACGAUGGAGAACAUCACCACGAACUUCAGUGUGAUCUGUGGGACGUACGAACAGCUCGAGUACUGGCCCAACAACUUUGACGACUUUGCUGCCGCCAUCAUUCUUCUGUACGACGUCAUGAUCGUCAACAACUGGCAGGCGUUUAUAGAAGCGUACAGCCGAUACACAACAGAGUGGUCAAAGAUCUACUUCGUGGGCUGGUGGCUCGUAUCUUCUGUCAUGUGGGUUAAUCUGUUUGUGGCUCUGAUUCUCGAGAACUUUAUUUAUAAAUGGGACCGCAGUCACAGCUGUUCUGUCAUCGACGUGGAGAGGAUCAGAUAUGAGACGUCUGUUCAGCUCAUGUUCAAAGGGCAGAUCCAGGAGCCCACAGAGGAGGAGCUUCUGUGUCAGCUUCACCAACACCCUCACCUCCAUUUGGACCAAGAACCAAACCAGAGUCUACUGGCCCAACCACGACCCUGAUUAAAAGCUCCAUAUGUGAGCUUUACGUUCUAUGAUAGACCAAGAACCUGGAGUUUUAAUCAGUACAGAGCCGUUUCUGUGCUUCUUUAGUUCUUUAGUUAUCUCAUUUACUUUGUCAGUAGAAGCUCCACACCAGCACAGCUCUGUCGUGUUGGUGUGAAGCUUCAUAAAGUCUGGUUUAUGUUUCUGAUGAGAAACAGCCUCAUAACGCCAGAAACGUAUUGAUACUAUGCAAUGACAUCGCGCUGGGGGUGUUCUACAUGUGUGUCUAUGGUGGAAUGUUCAGCAGUUUCCAUGGAGACACAAUGCACACAUUAACAAAAAAGUUUUAAGUCUGUGAUCAGUCCGAGCAUUCACGGUCCUGUUUAGGAGUUUGAUUUUACACAAAAAUGUGACUGACUGUUGGCUAAUGCUAAUGCUAAUGCUAAUGCUAAUGCUAGCUAGCGUGUGACUGUAAUGUUAUUUGAGAGGGACUUGUUUAACAGCACAAAUCAUCUCAUCUGAUGUAGUUCCAACCUCUUUCUGGUCAGAUUGUGUUAAAAUAAGGAUCAGAUUUAAGUCCCCCCAGUGCCCCCAGUUAGCAUCACACCCCCAGAACGACAGGAGCUGCAGAGUGUCAAUCGGCAGAGCCUUACUUUUUUUUAUUUUAUUUAUAUUUUUUAAUGGAAUGUAUGAAAAAUUCUGCCUUUAAAAUAGAGUCACUGUAAAUACUGUUUUCAUCAAGAGUCACAAUCUGUUCAAGCCGAUGAGGCCGGGCC